AUCAUAUUCCGUGGUUUAAAGCUGAGAAUGAAUGCUGCGUUAUACGUGACCGGUGCACCUAAGAAAUUACAGUAUUCAAGUCUAAGGCUGAUACAUCACCUUUCAUCUCUUCUAAAUAGAAGACCAUUCUUCAGUGAAUUUGAAGUUUGGGGUAAAGCAAAACCGUGUGCAGAAGUUUCAAAAAAGGCUUUGGUAACGAAACAUGUCCAAAAAUCAAAGGAUAAGGUACACGUCGAUGGUGAAUUCUUCCGAAAGCUUUGGCGUAUACUCAAAAUUUUAGUGCCAAGACCAUUUUGUGGAGAGGUGUUCUAUCUUCUCUUGGUAGCUGUAGCAUUGAUCUCUAGAACUUAUGCGGAUCUUUACAUGAUUAACAAAUCUACAAGGAUCGAAGCAACAAUCAUCUCGCGGAAUCAGCUACAAUUUAUCAUGGACUUGGUACAGUAUAUUUUGGCACUUCCAGCGAUUUCGGUAACGAAUACGAUCCUGAAGUUUGCUUUGAGCGAGUUGAAACUGAGAUUCCGAGAGCGGCUCACUAAGCAUCUCUAUGGGCAAUAUUUGAAAGGCUUCACUUUCUAUAAGAUGUCAAAUCUCGACAAUCGAAUCCAGAACGCUGAUCAACUUCUGACUCAAGACGUGGACAAGUUUUGCGAAGGAGUUGUUGAGCUCUAUUCCAAUCUCACAAAA